CUUGAACCGGACAGUCAAGUCGAACCAGCACAUGACGGCCAGCGAUGCCCAAGGUUGCCACCCAAAAGUACUAUGCAGUCUUGAAUGGUCGCCGAGGGCCGAGAAUAUAUCACUCUAUCGAUGAGUAUCGGGAAGCGCUCGACGGACUCAGCGGUGCGGUUGGAAAGAAGUUCUACUCCCUUGAGAAAGCGGAGGAAUGGCUGCGGAACCCGGACUCAGGUCGAAAGAAGAGCAAGAAGAAUAAGAGUCAUCGUCGCUACCCCGACUCGUCCACUUUGUGGACAGAGUUCGACGACGACCCCCCGAAGCCUGGAUCAUCAAAGGCUGAUGCGGCGGUGCAGGUCAUCACCGCUGACGCCUGCGUGCAGACUGACGAGCCUUUCGAAUGCGACGCCUCUCCUGUGCGCAUUCAGGGAUCACCACCUCCUCUGCCAACACCCAGAGGAAGCCCGGAAAGGGAGUAUCCGACACCUGCAGCGUCCUUGCCACCGGAGCUCGCCAAUGCGAGGCCCGAUGAAGUUGCUGCGGCAAACCUUCCCGCUGUGCCGAAUGUUAUAGAACUGUCGCCGGAACAGCGCUUGGUUUUGGACAUGGUCAAGACAGGCAAGAACGUCUUCUUCACGGGUCCCGCUGGUACUGGAAAAUCAGUCCUUUUGCGAGAAAUCAUCAAGGUCUUCAAAGACCGCAAACUGGAAAAGAUUCAGAAAGGGGCGGACCCGAAUGAGCCUAUGGAAGUCGAAAUUACUGCUCCUACUGGUACGCGAUUUCUGCAGCUGCUUUCCCUGUAUUCUUUGACGGCAUGACAUCGCAGGCAUCGCUUCGGUCAAUGUUGGCGGACGCACAAUUUACUCGUGGGCUGGGAUAGGGCUGGGCAAUGAGCCGGCGAAGAAGC